UCGACAACAACCGUGGACAAUAAUGUAUAUCAAUAUCCCUUUGAAAAUGAUCGGCGGUAUCAUGCAUAUUGCGAGGUGAAAUACCCUUUCGUUGCUUUGGAAACUGAUGCUGAUAGGAGGAAUUGUAAGGAAUUACAUUAUUUUUUUCGUUUUACAAUGCGCGACAGCCUACACCACGCUCCUCUUAGCAACCCUCAGAAAAUCCUCGACGUAGGGACAGGAACAGGAAUUUGGGCAAUGGAAAUGGCUGAUUUAUAUCCCUCUGCUGAGGUGAUCGGAGCCGACCUGAGCCCAAUCCAGCCAUUAUGGGUUCCACCAAACUUACAAUUCCUGGUAGCUGAUGCGGAAGACUUGACGUUGUUUGGGGAGAAUAAGUUUGAUUUCAUUUACAUUAGAUGUUUUGCAGGAUGUGCCAGCAAUUGGAAUACUUUCCUAGAAAGAGCAUUCAGCCUAUUAAGACCAGGAGGGUUUAUCGAAUGUGUUGAAGUGGAAUUCGAUGUCCGAUACGAGCGACAGAGUCGCAACCUCGAUAAUGACACCCACCUGACCCAGUUCCUACGACUUAUCCAUGAAGCAGCCGAGAAGCGAAAUAGGACGUUGAAUGUGGCAUCAAAAUUAAAAUGUCAUCUCCAAGCAACCGGUUUCCGCGACAUCAAGGAAACCGUCUACAACAUCCCAUUACAUAAAGAGUCUUUAGAUCCACGUGAGCUCCAAAUCGGCCACGACAGCCUGCGAUGUGCAACGAAUUCAAUAGAGGCAUAUGGAAUAAGAUUAUUUACAAGAGAGUUGAAGUGGUCGAGAAUAGAGGCCUUGGUCCUUUUUGCGGAAGUAAGGAAUGAGUUGAGAAAUUCAGAGAGGCAGCAAUUUCGUCCUUAUACUCGGCUGUAA